AUGAAGGUGGCAUGUACGCCACGCUUCCUGCCCGUGUUUCUGUGUCAGGACGGCCUCAUCGUCACUGAGGCCAUGUACCCCACUCAUUCAACUGGCGAGGAAGACGGUGAUCAAUCUCCUGAAAUGAAGAUGGACCUGUCAGUUGUCAAAGUGUCCCUCUAUACCGAGGAAGGCAUUCUUAAGGAGUCCCAAUAUUGCACUCCCAACGGGUAGUUUAUCGAGAGAAUUUGCAUAAACCGUAACACUCGCGUGUGUGUCUGUCACUAUGCGCCCAGGUAUUACUUCUUACCGAUCCCGGAUGCGCCGAGGUCGGCGAGCCACAGACGCGCAUAUCUCAUCCGAAUCGAGGGGCCUGCAGGAUGGACCUUUCAGCCCAGCGAAGUGCGGGUGGAGAGCCUAAGCGACUGCAAGAAGGAUAUCAACUUCGUCUUCGCGGGCUUCACUUUACGCGGACAGGUGCUUGCGGCUGACGACACAGGAAUGAAGAGGGGACCCCCUGGUGUCAUGGUGACGCUGGUGCGUGGACGAGCAGGAGGAACGAGUGAGGCGUUACUGGCAACAACAGUCACCCAAGAGGAUGGCUAUUACGAGUUUGCGAAUGUGUUCCCUGGUUGGGUGACGCUGCGGGCUUCACAUCCGCAUUGGCGCUUCAGCCGCGAUGAGAUGGAAGUACAAGUGCAUUGGCGGCAUGUCAACUUGACAUCAGCGCGUGAGGGUGAUCAGCUGAUGGUGGCGGGCUUCGAUGUGGAGGGUCGAGUUGUCACGGGUAAGUCAGGGGAGGAAAAAGGACAGAAGGUCUGAAACCUGGUGCCUUCUUCUUGUUUUCGGUCAGCCAACGACGACGAGCCCGUCUCUGGCUUAGCCGUCCUUAUUCGAUCCUCCAGCUCUGCUGUGUCCCCUUUCUACAACUGUCUGCCCUCAGCCACGCAACCAACUGAAGAGGUUGCCGAAGCCAUCAGGGACGCAUUCGGCAUGGACGCAUCGCAAGAAAACGCUCUCGAGGACAUCGCAAAGCUGGAGGCGGGCAAUGCCUGUGUGACGCUGUCUCUCGGAGACGGUUCAUUUCGUUUUCCUCAAGUUCCAAUCGGAGAUUAUAUUGUGAAGGUCAUGGGGCGCCCUGUGGACGUUCUGCUUGGCUCGAACAAGGGUGCAUCCUUACCCCGCGCACUCGAGAUCUCGCCGAGAGAUAUGCCUGUGAGGGUCGAGCCCAAGAGCAACCAAUUACUGGAUACGUUCCAGGUGACGUCACGCUGCUGAUCAGGAGCAGAAGGUGUGCACGUGUGCCUCCCUUUCUACCGCAGGUCGUUGGCUUCAGUGUUGAAGGCCGUGUUGUACACGCUCUUCCAAGCAAAGGCACCGGUAGGAAAGAGAAACAGCGACCGAAGCCCCGUGUGAAUGUGCGUCCGUCUGCUGUCAUUUCAGAGGACAGCAUUGGGGUUGAGGGCGUGUCCAUCAUCCUUGACGGCCAGCCUGCUGGCGUGUCGAGGGAUGAUGGAUAUUUCACCCUGCCUCGAGUCAGCCCUGGCAGCUACACAGUCGAGCCGAUUCACGAGCACCUGUACUUUGAUCCAACACAGGUGACUCCCAUUGGAUUCGCAAACCAGUGGCGCUGCAUGAUCGCGUCAUGUGUGCAUUUCCGUGCAUGUGCAGGUCCGUUUAUCUCUUCACGAGACGGAGCUACCGUGGAUCCCUGUCUCGUCCUAUGACCUCUGUGGACAUGUGGGCAUCGAACAAGACCCCCAAACUGCACCAAGCGGGAAAGGUGCGCGUGACGAAUGAAUGGGUACAUUAAGCUGGUUCCUUGUGUACGCGCAGGCAGGGGAAUGGUUCUGCGGUCCCGGCAGGAUGGAGGAGAAAGGAGGACAACAACGAAGCCAGAUGUACGCAAAGUCUUAGAACACUUUCACAUGCACAACAGGCGGCGUGUACCGUAUUUCUGUGGCCCUGUGUACAGGGGGGAUUCUGCUUCGAGGUGCCCGCUGGCUCCUACGAAGUGUAUCCGAUCAUCUCCGAGGAGGAGACGAAGAGGGGACUUGUGCUCACGCCAAAGACAAGGGUGGUCCAUGUCACAACGGCUCCGCUUCUCACAGUGGACUUCCGGCAGAGCAAGGUGGCUGUGCAGGGCACCAUCCUACCUCUGGGUGAGAGAUAAAACUAGACGACAGAAAACGCAUUUGUUACCUGCGCUUGCUUGCAGGCAGCGCACCGAGUGUCGAGUUGAAGCUGACGCACCGAGCUGAUGCCUCUGUGUCCACAGCAACGGCAACACGUGACGGUACUCAUCCGUGGCAGUCGAGAUGCGUCUACGCAGAUGCUAUUGCCACAUCCCUUUCGCUCUGGACAUUUCAGGCAUGCCAAAAGGCUCGACAGCGCUGGCUUUCCGCUUCCCCGACGUGCUUCCCGGGUCGUACGAUCUCAGUGUGCAAGAGCACAACUGGUGCUGGGCACAGGAUACAUAUCAGGUGAAGGCAUGAGGCGUGCGCUCAACCUUUGCGAUCAACAUAUCUCCUGUCCUGUGCGUCGUCAGCUUGACGUCGGCGAAGACGACGUGACAUCCCCCCCGUUCCAACAGACGGGCUACCUCAUAUAUGGCACCGCAUCGCAUCCCUUCACCUUCACCCUCACGAGUCAAGAACAAAGCGGCAACGCAUCAGCUCCUCUAUCGCUCAUCGACUCGCAGGGACUCCAGACCAAGCCGCUAUCGCACUCGUCCCUCAUGGUGUCAUUCGCCGGUGUGCCUUUCCGGUUCUGUUUGCCCGUGAUCGGCAAGUACGUGCUGGAGCCGACGAGCGACUCGCUGACGGGGUAUCAAUUCACCCAUGCUGCGUAUCCGCUCGACACUGACAAGCUCGGAGACCCUCUCAUACUGCAGGUGGGUAGGAGCGGGAGAGGAUGAAAGGCCGGACUCACAGUUGCACUGUGGUGAUGCAGGUGACUCAUACGAAAGUGUGGGGCUCGAUCAGCAUCACCUCUGACAAAUCGAGAGGCCUUCCAUCUGAGGUUCAAAUCGCAGUAGAGGAUGACAAAGGCAAUGUUAUUGAUCAUAUUGCAGCCCGUGCGAGCCGAGCAGACGACCAGCCAUCCACUUACAGCUUUGAGUACCUGACUCCCUCUUUGGGCGACGGCAUCGUUUCAGCUCUCUUGCGCCCUCUCGCUCCUUCGUCGUUCCCUUCGUUGCUGUUCUAUCCGUCGACUGUCCCGCUGGUUCAGGAGGGAGGUGCAGCGGCCAAGGGCGGGCUUGUCAUUCGUGCAAAGCCCGGCAAGAAUAUCAGAGGACGCAUUGAGCCACCCGUGGAAGGUAUUAUGCAUGCGGCGACAAACAGAUGCAGCAUUCUUCGCACAUCCAUCUGUUGCUGUCUGAAUGCAGGUGUGCGUAUUGAGGUGCGGCAGGUGUCUGAUGGGUCCACCAAAGGUGACGUGACCGUGUACAAGACGGAUAGCACCGGCAAGUAUGAGACAGGGCCCGUCUACGAUGACAGCGACGCGGACAGGAAGGAGAGGGGACGGGUGCGCUAUGAGAUCGUGCCCUCACUUGAUGGGUACUUCUUCGAACCUCUGCCGAACAGCCCACAUGACUUCAAAGCAAGCAGGUAUGACACAUCAGACGCAGGCAAAGUAGCGAUCCAGAAAGGCUGCAUCUGUUUUUCGUCUCAUGUCCAGGUAUUCCAGCAUCGAGGUGACAGUCAUGCAUCACUACAGCGAGCCCCCCUCCUCCGAACCACUGCCUGGUGUCCUAGUCUCACUCUCAUCCUCAACACAUCCAAACUUCAGGGCGAAGAAACUGACACGUACACGUGCAAGCAUUCGUCGCUGGUCUUCGCAGCACAGGCCUUGUGUGUGUUAUCAGGUCCUGAUGGUACACUGGUCUUCGGUCAGCUGAUACCCGGGGUGUACUACCUCCGUCCGCUGCUGAAAGAGUACGAAUUUGAUCCGCCCCAAGUGAGCUUGACUUUGUCACAAGGAGAGCAGCAGCAGCUGCAGCUUAAGGCGACCAGAGUCGCGUACUCAUGUGCUGGUACGAGAAUGCACAGACAGUCAGAAACAGUCUGUCAAACACGUGGGGUGUGGCUUUCAGGGAAGCUGAAGACACUUGCUGGUUCAUCUGAGGGGCUGGGGGCCCUGGUGGUGCAGGUCAGCGCUGCGCCAGUCCCUCGAUCCAACAAAACUGCAUCAAGUAGCGUUGUUUUGUCGUGUGUAUUGCAGGCCCAUUCAUCCGGCGGUCAAGUGGAGGAGUGUGAAGUGUCGGCGACGGGUGACUACAUCCUGCGCGGUCUUCAGCCCCACAACACGUACUCACUCACCGUCAAGUCGAACAGGCCGUCGACAGAGGAGGGCGCGGCAGCCAAUGUAUCCUCUGUGAGGUACGAAAGGGCGUCCCCGGUUAGGCGGGAGGUGGCGCUGGAGCGUCGGGAUGCGCACAGCAUCGACUUCUAUAUCUUUCCUGCGAGCACAUUGAUUGUCGUCUCGGGUGAGGAGAACAGCGGAGAGAAAAGAUAGAGUGGAGUGUAAGCUUUGUCGACGUAGUGCUUGUCAAUGGAAAUGCAGGUGAUGUCAUUGAUUUUGUCAUGACACCCAGCGGCCACCCUUCUGUCCCCUCUCAGCUGUCGGCAAAGAGCAAGAUGCCUAUCAGGACUGGGACCUCAACGCUGACGGAAGCUGAGGUCAUUUUAUCGAGGGUAGACAAGGGGGAGGAGGACACGGAGACAGUUGAAGGUGCGUAUACCAGGAUGGGAGGGUGCAUGAAAGGGUCCUCACAACGUCCCUGUGUGAUUGCCCAGAGUUGGCUCGCCGGUCGAUGUCUGCUCUCGGCUACUUCGAGUUUCCCGGGGUGGAGCCAGGCGUGUACAACGUCACCUUGCUCACACAAACGAAUAACAAAGCACAAGUAAAUAACUACAGAAGAACCAUGUGCGCAUCAGUAUGCAUGGUUUCAUUUCAGGUGGUGUUCCAGAAGAGGCUCAACCUGACAUCUGCCCAGACAGCGCAGAUCACUAACCUCUCCCCUUCUGCAAUGGACGUCAACCAGUCGGCACCUCUUGUCCUUCCUGGACUCCUGAUCUCAUCUGGCAGCACUGCGAGAGAAAACGCCGCGUCCAUGAGCGCGAUAGCGAGCGCGGAAGAGGCUAUCGCGGUUGCUAGCGACAGCGAGUGCCUCUUGAGAGUGACGAGAGAUUCUCGGUAUCAUCUCCACAUCUUUUCAUCAUCCCUCCCGGCCUUCCCUCCGGCUUCCCACAAAGGCGCGACUUCGCCACUGAUGGUCAUUGUGGUGGUCGUCGCGCUCGUUGUAGGCCUUAUCAGGCAGUCAGGCGUCACCUUGCAGCAUCCAUCAAUCAAAAGAUUGCAGGAGGGCAUUUCGACGAGGUUUCCAGCCACCUGGCUGAGAAUCAAGAGCAUUGUGGAGAGUGGUACUCUUGUGAUGUCGCGAAGUAGAGAACACUGCUAG